AACAAGUGUAGCAACACUGUAGCCAAAAUGUCAGGUUUGUUGACAAACGUCCACGAAACAGCUGGGAUUUCGAAAGAUUCUGGGAAAACAUAUCUAGUUUCAGGAAAUUAUAAAUACUAUCAUUACCUUUGUGAUGGGUUCGACGAUAGAGGUUGGGGUUGUGGUUAUAGGACCCUACAAACAAUAUGUUCCUGGAUGACGGAAAAUAUUAAUAGUGAAGUCAAAGUUCCGUCAAUACGAGACAUACAAGAUAUUUUGGUGCAACUCGAAGACAAACCACGAAGUUUUUUGGGCUCAAGACAAUGGAUUGGUAGUUUUGAGGUAUGCCUAGUGAUAGACAAAUUGUAUGACAUUCCAAGCAAGAUAGUGCAUGUCAAUCAUGGAGAUGAAUUAAAGACUAUAGUGGACACACUGGUGUCUCAUUUUGACAAGUUUGGUAGUCCAGUGAUGAUGGGUGGAGAUGUGGAUGCAUCCUCCAAGGGAAUCCUAGGCAUUCAUAUUGGACAGCGGGAUGCUAGUUUGUUGGUAGUUGACCCUCAUUAUGUCGGCAAGGAGCAAACAAAAGAGUUCCUCUUCCACAAGGGCUGGGUAAAAUGGCAAAGACUAACAGAUUUUAUAGAUACCUCAUUUUAUAAUCUGUGUCUACCACAAGUUAAAGCUAAGUGCAAAUAAACUUCGCUUUCAGACUUCAAUUCAAAUAAUGUAAUUAUUUGCAUAAAACUAACAAGAACCAUAUUAUUAUAUGUUUUUUCUGUGCAAAGAUUAUAGUGUGUUGACCUCACCGGUAUGUAGGUAAUUGGUGAAGGCCACAUGUUCUAUUGGUUAGACAA